AUGUUCUACCGGGAACUUGGCGAAAGGAUUCAUGAGAAAACAAUCCUCCUUCUUCACGGCUUUCCUUCUUCGUCCCAUCAAUAUAGAAAGUUGAUGCCUCUACUUGCCGCCAGAUACCGAGUUGUGGCACCGGAUCUCCCAGGCUUCGGCUUCACGGAAGUACCGGAAGGAUUCAAAUAUUCUUUUGAGACGCUCACCGACACAAUUGAAGAAUUUCUGGACGCCAUCUCCCUUUCGAAAUUCUCGAUUUAUAUCUUCGACUACGGUGCCCCGGUUGGGCUUAGUCUGGCGCUCCGUCGUGCGGACGCGAUCGAGGCCAUUAUCUCUCAAAAUGGAAACGCGUAUGUGGAGGGAUUCGGCGACGUGUGGGGUCCCAUCCAAGACUUCUGGGCCAGCAAGGGUACUGCCGCAGAUCGAGCCAAAGUGGCGGAUGCAAUGUUGACAUACGACAUUACAAAGUUCCAGUACCUGAAUGGCACACCAGACCCCAGCAGUAUUGCCCCCGAAUCUUAUACGCUAGAUUAUGCGUUGAUGGAACGUCCUGGAAACAAGGAUGUUCAGCUUGAUUUGUUUAUGGAUUACCAGAGCAAUGUUGCGCUCUACGAGAAAUUUCAAGAGUAUUUCAGGUCCUCUCAAGUGCCGCUCCUGGCUAUCUGGGGGAAGAACGAUGUUUUCUUCAUUCCCAGUGGAGCUGAAGCAUAUAAGAAAGAUCUACCUCGUGCGCAAGUCAAAUUUCUCGACUCCGGUCAUUUUGCGUCAGAGAGUCACGCUGAGGAAAUUGCUGACGAGGUCAUCUCUUUCUUAGGGUAG